AUGCCCAGGGAGGAAUACAAAAGCAAGUACAGCUUGGGGGGGGGGGGGGUCAUCGUCUUUAGCGACCCUGCAAACUAUCCCAGUCAGGUGGAAGGGGAUCCUAAGUGGAAGACUGUGGUGGGGAUUCACCUCACGCAUGCCGGUGGGUUCAAUCACCAACAACUGGGGGAGUUGGUUGAUUUGCUGACAGCAUCCCCGAACGCACAGGCCCUGGGGGAGGUAGGGCUAGAUCGGACCACCCCAUCCCACACUUGGGGAAGACAAGAGGAGGUGUUGCAGAAGGUGCUCAAGAUUCCCAGCACCGAUCAAAAAUCAUCAUGCUUCACCUGCCUGGGAACUGAGAUGAUCCGUAUGGAUCGGAUGUGCAAGGUGACCCACCUUCAUAGUUUCACUGGGGAGGCGGCGAAUGUGAACGCUUGGUUCGCGGAUUUUCUGCAGGCUUACUUUAGUGUUAACACUAUGGUAGAGGGGUUUGACAGGGGGCAGAGGGAGGGCCUUCGGUCGGUCUCCAAGAAUCGUCUACUGUUAGAGACAGAUGCACCACACCUCAGCCCUGGGGGAGAAGAUAUCAACACCCCUCACAGAACUGAAGAUGUCGCCGUGCUGGUGGCCCGGGCUAGGGGGACCUCGUUGGAAGAGGUUCUGUAUUGCUCCACUAGCAAUGCCAGGGCCAUCUACCGGAUCCCCUAG